AUGGUUGUUCGACAGAAAUCUGAAACGCAAUGCUUCAAUCCAAGAGACUAUCAGGUUGAACUUCUUGAAAAAGCGUGUAAACGAAAUGUAAUCGUUCAACUGGGAACCGGAUCAGGUAAAACAUUCAUUGCCGUUUUGCUUUUAAAGGAGUUUGGAGUUCAAUUGUACGCGCCAUUAGACAAUGGAGGAAAACGAGCAUUUUUCAUUGUCGAAAAAGUUAAUCUUGUUGAGCAGCAAGCUGAACACAUCGAAAGACAUACGAAAUUCAAUGUGGGACGAAUUCAUGGCCAAUUAAAAUCUGAUGUUUGGAACAGCAAGAAAGAUUGUGACGAUUUUAUUGCCGAACAUCACGUGAUUGUGAUCACGGCUCAAUGUCUUCUCGAUCUCAUCCUACACGCUUUUAUCAAAAUUCAAAUCUCAUGUGUAAUGAUUUUUGACGAAUGCCAUCAUGCACUCGGAUCCAAACACCCAUAUCGUUUGAUAAUGUCAGAAUACAAGAAUUUGAAAAAAAAAGGAGAGAAUGUUCCGAGGAUUCUUGGUUUGACAGCUAGUCUUAUCAAAGAGAAGACCGCUCCGAGCAAAUUGGAAGAGAAAUUAAUCAAAUUGGAGACAAUCAUGGAUUGCUCGAUUGAAACUGCCAGCGAUCUCGUCGCGCUCUCGAAAUUUGGUGCCAAACCCUAUGAAGCUGUUGUGUAUUGCCAUGAUUAUAACCCAAACUCCUAUGAUUUUUCGGCCCGAAUUUUCAGUAUUCUGGAAAACGUAAAAAAUUUCGUGAAUUCGACGAUUGAAUUCAAUCCGGAUUUGGAUCUUGAUCCUCGUAGGCCGAUUCGUGACAGUUUGAAGACAACAGUUGCCGUAUUCCAACAACUUGGACCAUGGGCAGCAUGGAAAAUGGCGCAAUCAUGGAUAAUCGAGUUAUCGAAAUUGAUGAAAACGCAAAUGCUUCCCGACAAAGCCAGUUCGUUUUUGAAUUUGGCGCGCACCACAAUGAUCACAAUUCGUCAAAUUCUCGAUCCAAUCAUGAAACCGAUCCGAAAAUACGAAGACGUGUUGCCGUAUAUUCCGCAUCGUGUCAUUAGAUUAUUUGAACUGCUGCAAGUUUAUUCGCCGGAGUUUCAGAAGAAUCGAAUGAAAAUGGAAAAACCGGACACGCUAUGCGGAAUUGUGUUCGUUGAUCAAAGAUGUAUUGCAUUCAUGCUGCAUAUAAUGAUUCGUCAAAUUCGAAAAUGGGAUUCCCAGUUUCGAUUCAUUCAACAAGACUAUGUCGUCGGUGCUAGUGGAAACAAUAUUACGAGUACUGAGAAUUUGUCGCUGCACAAACGACAAGGCGAGGUUCUUCGAAAAUUCCAACGAUCCGAUCUGAAUGUUCUGAUCGCCACAUCUGUUCUUGAAGAAGGUGUCGAUGUGAAACAGUGCAAUGUUGUUGUGAAGUUUGAUCGGCCCCUCGAUGUUCGCUCGUUUGUUCAGUCUCGCGGUCGCGCUCGCCGAGUUGGUGCGAAAUAUGUGAUUUUUGUCGAGGAAAAAGAGGUCGACGCUUGUUCGAAUGAUUUGAAUGAUUUCAAAAUGAUCGAGAAACUUCUUCUCGAUCGUUCGCGCAAUGUUCAUAACCCGCUUGAUGAUUGUGAAGUCGUUGAUAUGGAUGCGGUUGAUUCGAUUGUCGAGCCAUAUGUCGUUGAAUCCACAGGUGCUACAGUUAAAAUGUCAAAUGCUAUUCAAUUGGUCAAUCGUUACUGUGGAAAACUGCCAUCUGACAUUUUCACACGCCUUGUCCCGCAUAAUCGAAUUAUUCCCGUUGUUGAGAAUGGCGAAACAAUGUACUGCGCCGAACUGUUGCUGCCGAUCAAUUCGCCAAUCAAAAAGGCGAUCAAAUUGCAAGAUCCGAUGAAGUCGAAAAAAUUGGCUCAAAUGGCGGUUGCAUUGGAAGCAUGUCGACAACUUCACCAAAAGGGAGAACUCGAUGACAAUCUUCUGCCAAAGGGACGAGAGUCAAUUGCGAAACUUUUGGAGCAUUUCGACGACGAACCCGAUGAGUAUGCUCCUGGACUGCACGCUAAAGUUGGAUCAUCGAAACGAAAACAAUUGUACGAUAAGAAGGUUGCUCGAGUUCUUAAUGAAAGUAUUGUUGAACCGGACGAAGAGGUUUACGUUUACGUUAUGGAUCUCGAAAGGAUGAGAGAACCUGAAAUAUAUGCAAAUCCGAAGCGUCGAAAGUUCACGGAUCCUCAUCAAUACGAGUAUUGUUUCGGUUUUCUGAGCUCCCAGAAAUUGCCAAAGGUUCCUCCAUUCCCACUGUAUCUUCGACAAGGAGAUAUGCGAGUUCGUCUGAUGCUGGCGAAUAAAGUGAAAAUUACGAAAGGACAACUCGAGGAAAUCAAACAAUUCCACGACUAUCUAUUCACGCAGGUUCUUCAAUUGGUCAAGGGAAAUAUGCUGAUGUUCAACAUGUCGCCGAAUACUCCCAUUAACACUUUAGUGGUUCCACUUAACAAACAAAUGUCGAAUAAUGGAGACGACUCAUUUUAUUCAAUAAACAUGGAUCAUGUUAGCCAAGUUGUCGCUAAUAUGGAGAAAAUGCCACGUGUUCCUGAUGAGGAGACGAGAAAAAACUUUCAAUUUAACGCCGACAACUACAAAGAUGCGAUUGUGAUGCCUUGGUAUCGCAACAUUGAGCAGCCAGCAUUCUUCUAUGUCGCUGAGAUUCUUUAUGACAUGAAUCCAGCCUCGCCAUUUCCCGAUGAGAAUUUCUCAAAUUUCAACGAGUAUUUCAUCAAAAAGUACAAUCUAAUAAUUUACGAUCAAUCGCAACCUCUGCUUGACGUCGACUAUUCAUCGAGUCGUUUGAGCUUAUUGCUUCCGAGAGUUCAAGCUCGCAAGCGAAUUAUUAGUUCAUCGUCCACUGAUUCGGUUCCACCUUCACCCGAACCAUCGCCCUCUCCAUCUCCAUCUCCUUCAAUCAAAUCCAGAAACACCCAACGACAGAUAUUGGUUCCCGAAUUAAUGGAUAUUCAUCCGAUAUCGGCCACUUUGUGGAAUUUGAUAACUGCUCUUCCAAGUAUUUUCUACAGAUUGAAUCAAAUGUUCUUGACCGACGAACUUCGUCAAAUUAUUAUAACUAACGCGUUUGGAAAAUCGAAGGAAGACGCUCAAGUUCCUGACAAUCUUGAAUGGCCACCGCUAACUUAUCCAGCAACAUUCGAGGAGAAACAAUCGGUUAUGGUUCGAAAAAUUCAACAAUUGAAAGAUUUGAAUAAAACGAAGAAUAACGAGAAGGAGAAGAAAGAAACCAAUGAUAACGAAUUUGUGGUUGGUGUUUGGGAUCCAGAAGAUGCGAUUCGGUGUGGUGUUAAUGUGACAUUGGAUCGUGAUAUCAUUAAAAAUGAAGAUGAUGAUAUGGCGGGGUUGAUGAAUGGAUUGCACGAUGGAAAUAUUUCUGACGAGGACGAAGAUGACCUCGGACCAUUUGUCAUGCACGAUUAUAAACAGAAGCUUACCUCGCAAUUGCACGGUUUGUCUGGAAAUGGUUUGUGGACAACGAACAACGAAAUUGUUGAAUCUGGAUGGGGCGAACUUGAUGAUGUGGAUCCAGCCGAUACUCCGUUUGAAAUUAUUGGAGGCCCUGGAACGAAUGGUCUUGAUCUGCGCUCAUUGAUGGAAGAUAUUGGAAGACAUGUUGCUCCGCCCACGAUAAAGCAAGAACCGCCCGCUGAUAUUACGCCGAGCACUAAUGAAGUGCCCGCGGCCGCUAAGCCAGAACCAGAAAAACGGCCGGCAGUGGCAAGCACGAGUAUCAAAGAGGCUCGUGACAUACUGGAAUGUAUGGGACUCCUCGAUCAACGAGAUGUUCCCAAACGAACUGAAGAAGUAGUUGAUUUAGAAGAGUUUGAUGAUGAAGAUGAUCAAGAAAUCGACAAAGAAGCUUCAGAGCUAAGAUUGACAAGAAGUACGAGUGAUGAUGAAUUCGAAGAAAUUCAGCGCGGAGAAAUGAUCAAGGAGGCGAAUGAUAUGAAGGCGUUGCAGUAUGAAAAAGACAGAGGAAAUGAGCCGAUGAUUUUGAACGAUAAGAAGAAUGUCAUGAAUUUUUCAUUUGCUAAAGAAUCGCCUGCAUUGGCACCUCUUCGAACUGAGGUUGAAUACAAAAAAUGCGCCGACAUUUCGCAUUCUGACAAUGAAGUUGGAUAUGGAGUUUCUCCAUGUCUUUUGCUUACUGCAUUGACGACAUCGAACGCUAGCGAUGGAAUCAGUCUUGAACGAUUCGAAACAAUAGGAGACUCAUUUUUGAAGUUCGCCGUCACCGAUUAUCUUUAUCAUUGCCACACUGAACAACAUGAAGGGAAAUUGUCGUUUGCGCGAAGUAAAGAAGUGUCGAAUUGCAAUUUAUAUCGACUUGGAAAACGGCUCGGAAUCCCACAACUUAUUGUUGGAUCCAAAUUCGACGCAUUCGAUUCUUGGCUGCCACCAUGCUACGUUCCGACUUUCGAUUUUAAAGCACCCAAUACUCAGGACGCCGAAGAAAAAGAUAAUGAAAUAGAAAUGAUCCUGGAAGGAAAAUCCAUUGAGGAGAAGAAGGAGACGCAAACUGGAUGGGAUGAAGGACAAAAUGAGAUUCGAAAGACUGAAAACGGAAUUGAAACGAUCAACUUCCCGAAGCAACAAGGAACAAUCAACGAGGAAAUUUCACCUCUUCCUUAUAAUCUUCUCACUCAGCAAAAUAUAUCGGACAAGUCGAUUGCUGAUGCGAUGGAGGCGCUUAUUGGUGUUCAUUUGCUUACACUCGGACCUCAUCCGACAUUGAAAGUGAUGAAAUGGAUGGGAUUGAAAGUUUUGCUGGCUGAUGAGAAUAUUGCGGAAGAGGCGCCACUUCUUCGAUUCAUUGAUUCGCCGAUGGAUCCUGAUGCCUCUAUUCGAGCACUGGAUAAUAUCUGGCAGCAAUUCCAGUUUGGACAACUUGAAAAGAGAAUUGGAUAUCAAUUCAAAGAUCGCGCCUAUCUCGUACAAGCGUUCACACAUGCCAGUUACUUCCAUAACCGAAUUACAGGUUGUUAUCAGAGGCUGGAAUUUCUUGGAGAUGCUGUUCUUGAUUAUAUGAUCACUAGAUAUCUUUUCGAAGAUGUUCGUCAAUACAGUCCCGGUGUUCUGACAGAUUUGCGAUCAGCACUUGUAAAUAAUACGAUUUUCGCAUCACUAGCUGUCAAGUAUGAAUUUCAAAAGCAUUUCGUUGCAAUGUGCCCCGGAUUGCAUCAUAUGAUUGAGAAGUUUGUCAAAUUGUGCUCCGAGAGAAACUUUGAUACAAACUUCAAUGCGGAGAUGUACAUGGUGACUACGGAAGAAGAAAUCGACGAAGGAUCUGAAGAGGAUAUCGAGGUUCCGAAGGCGAUGGGAGAUAUAUUCGAAUCGCUUGCUGGAGCCAUUUAUCUGGACAGCGGAAGAAAUUUGGAUACGGUUUGGGCUGUUGUGUAUGGUCUCAUGAAAGGUACAAUCGAGGAGUGCUGCGCGAAUCCGCCGCGUUCGCCAAUCCGUGAACUCAUGGAACUCGAAUCAAGCAAGGCGCGAUUCAGCAAGAUGGAGAGAAUAAUUGAAAGCGGAAAAGUCCGAGUCACUGUUGAUAUUGGGAAUAGUAUGCGAUUCACCGGAAUGGGUAGAAAUUACAGAAUAGCUAAAACUACGGCUGCUAAACGAGCUCUUAAAUAUAUCCAUAUGAUCGAAAAACAAAGAUCUGAGAAAAUCAAAUCUGCGGUAUGA